GUGGCCCUGCAGAUCGGGGCGCCGCAGGCCGCGGUGAAUUACGUACCGGCGCCUGGACUCGGUGGCGCCUUGUACGAGCUGGGCGCGGCGCUGCGACGGGACAUCGACGACUGCGGCGGGGGCCUCCAGCCCGGCGACCAACCGCAGCAGGAAAUGCCGAGGGCCCAGAGCGAGGGGUUCCCGAUGGCUGCUGUCGCGCCGACGAUCGAGGACACGGACGACGGCUCCGGCGCCACGCAGGCCCUGGCGACCUUGCACGUGGGCGCUGCCGCCGACCCCAGGGCGGGCCAGCCGCCCGGCGAAGGACCCGCGGCUGCUGCCCCCGCGCCGCCCCCAGGCCUCCUGCAGGAGCCCCUCGCCGAGCCCAUGCUCGCGGAGCUGAUCGAGCACGAGAUUUUGUCGAACUUCGAGAUCGUGCAGGCGGCACGCAGGGUUGACGGGCAGACGGUCGUGCCCCGCUCUCUGGAUUCGCGUUCGGAGUUCACGCUGGCCUUGAAGUCGUUCGCGUACAACCCUGCGGCUGCCGACGCGUGGAGCAUCCUCGGCCUCUCGCCGCUGGAGGGCCCGGACCUCUCCCUGAACACCAUCGGGGCCCGCCUCCGCUUUGCCAAGCUCCUCGCUUCCAUGAUCGACACCGCGCCAUGGCCACCAGCCGACAGGGCAGAGGCGCAUGAGGACAUCGCGAAGAUCACCCAGGCGGCCACGACCUGCUUCUCCUCCUUCGACAGCUGGCUCAGGGAGCGCAGGCGGGCCCGCCCUUCAAAGCUCCCCCUGUGGCACGAGCUCGGCCACCGUGCUCUCCUCGCGGUCCUCGACACCGCCCCGGACGCCUCCGAGGUCGUCUGCACCCAGUGGUCCGCCCUCCUGGACACAGCCGCGCUCCCGACGACCAUGCAGUACCAGGGCCGGAUCGCGCCCACGAGCGAGGCCCGCAUCUUGGCCGACCUGGCGGAAAAGGGCGACCCCUCCUUUUGGGACGCGGUCAGGGCUAGCGGCAAGCCGCUUUCACUCUGGGCUCCAGCUGGCGCCUCGGCGCUCGGCCGCCUCUUGGCUUCGCUCCUGCGCCGCUCAGCGGUCGAGGCGCCGUGCCAGUACAUCCGCUUCAUCGUCCCUUUGGACCUCCACCCGGGGUGCACCACGAGCGAGACGAUCUGCGACUUGUGGUGGCACGAUUUCCUGAGCGAGAACUGGGCGGCGAUGAUUCGGAACGUCGAGUUCCACCCGCAGCCCAUGGAGUUCGUCUCCCCAGGACCCUCGGGACCCCGCCACGAAUUCCGAGGUCUGGCGAUCUUCACGGUAUCCUCCGCCCUCCCUCGACGACACCACCAGGUCUGCGAGCUGGAGUCGCCCAUCCUCACAUUGGAGGCUGCCCCGACCUACGUCGUGGACUUCCCUUCGAUGCUCACGGUGGAGGUCAUGCAUGCGUUGCUCGACGUCGCCGGCCAGUCGGCGCAAAUCGGGCGGAUUUACCGCAGCCCUGGGCACUCGGAGGAGACCCCGCGGGGCAGGGUGGAGAUCCGGUUCGCUCUCCACACGCCGCGCCUGGAGCAGGAGUUGCGGAUGCGCCAGGUCCGUCGUCUCUUGCCCGCUGGCGUCUGCUUCGCCUCCCAGGACCUGUUCACCGAGCCCGGCGCCCUGAUCGCAGAACUCGGCCACGCGGACGCCAUCACUUCGAUUUGGAGCCUCUGCUCAGGAGCUUUGUUCCUGGGCAAAAGCCGGCUCCUCCUCACGACGGAGGCCGCCGCUGAGACGUGGCAGGUGACGAUGGACACGCUCAUACGCAACGACCCGGACACCGCCGUCUACAAGCUGAAGCACCGGCCUUCGCGACAUGGAGGGCGGGCAUUCUCGUCCCCCUCGGCGCUGCUAGCGCGGAUCGCGGCCACCCGCCGUGCCAAGACGUCCCGCGGGGCCUCGUCGACGACCCCAGCCAUCGCGGACGUCACGAUCACGGGUCGCCUCCACGCCGACGAGCACGCCGUUGUCCGCACCCUCAUGGACCACCUGGUCUCCCAGACAGGCCUCCAGCUGACUGAGCAGGCAGACGGACCGAGCAGCAAGGUCGGCACUUGGAAGUGGCUUUCGGCCACAGACCCUUCGGCGCCGCCUGGCAGAUCUCGCCUGUUCUUGAAGGACCUAGCUGAGGUGUCUCGGAUCAAGGCGGCCCUCCACGACAAGACCAUCAAGAUCGGGAUGGACGCAUUCCGCCUCCAGGUCCACAACGACCUGCAGGACCGGCUACGGGGCGGCAGUGCCGUCCAAUGGUUGGAGGGCUUCUGCGGCGUUGGCAGCGGCAAGAGCGGGCCCCCUGGCAUUUUGCUGCCACCUCGCCGGCCGCCCCCGGGCCUCUGGUUGACUGGCGACCACCACAGAGUUCGCGAGCCCACCGCUACCCCUGAGAGCGUAUCUACCGAAGCGAGCUGCGCCGAGACCAGGGACGGCUACCCAGAGUCGGGCUCCGACUGCCCCACGGCCGACACCAGCGGGGCGCCGUCGCCGGUGCACUCGCAGGGCCUCGAUGCGCCGUGGGCGCCGCUGCUGGCAAUGCCGCCCGGCGCGGCGGCGUGGCCGCUCGCCGUCGAGCCCGGAGUGGCGCCGCGGAGCUCUCUGGAACGCCCCACGGGCGGCUCCGCGAACCCUCGCCUCGGCCCCCGCAGGCUCUGUGCGCACGAGGGCUUCCACAGCGACGCCGCCUGCCGCUCUUGCCACCCGUGCGGCCCCAGCGUCUACGAGAUCGGCCAGCGGAGCGGCGGGUGCCGUGAGGAUGCGGCCGAAGUGGCGAAGCGGCUCCAGAGUUUUGUCAGCUACGGCCUGGAGGAGAUCCCCGAGCAUCCACAUUUCGGUACCGACUUCAAUCAGGCGAUUCCUCUGGACCAACUGCGCGGAUGGCUACUGCUGCAGAGAUCAAGACUGUCCCCGACCGAGCGUGCAGCAGUGAUCAGCGCAGUCAAAGGCAACUUCGACUACGAUAGCAUCGGAGAGCAGCUACGAGUGUCUUGGCCCGACGAUGAGUUGACGAAUCGCGACAAGAAGACAGGCAAGGACAACCAUCGUCAUCGAGAGCGAGGUCGAAUCCACGCCGGCUGGGAGGAUAACAGCGAGGACGACGACGCCUAUAGCUACUAUGACGGAGAGCAGUCGGAGGUCUCCUACGAGGAUGGCGACGGCGACGAGGACGAAGGAGAUCCCGAGGAGCCGCUGUACAGUGCCCAGGAGAUCGAGGACGCCGAGACCGCGUUCGCCGCCCAGCAGCGCAGCUUCAAGGUCGCGGAGGACAGCGCAAGUUUCAAGGGCCCCGGGCUGGGCCCCGAGGCUAUGGCUCAUCGAGCAAAGGACGAGGCCGAGGGGGCGGACAGCGACGUGACGGACCUCCUCGACGAGAUGGAGAUCGCUCCCAAGGAUGCCGAGAUGGAGGCCGACCUCAUUACGAACGAGACGACCCGCAUCGAGCUGGAGACUGCGAUGCCCCCCAAGCCGGCGAUCGAGAACAAGCCGAAGCGGGGGAAGAGGCAGCUCGACAAGACCCAGCAUCUUCAGGUGGAGAAGUCCAUCGAGAUGCGAGAGCGAGUUGAGCACGUCAAGCUGCCGAGCUGGCCUACACUGGAGAAGCUCGACGACUGGGUCCUCAUGAGUGUGAAGCAGAGCUCCUCCAAGGGUUUCGGAAUCCUGGACGCUGGCGCGACCUCCAGCAUCAUGGGCAUAGAGGCCGCCGAGAACCUACGCGACAUCAUUUUCGAGCAGACGGGCCAGAACAUCAAGAUGGACGUUAGCCAGAAGAGUGCGUUUAUAUUUGGCGAUGGCAACUCCAAGACCUGCACCGGCAAGGCUACCUUCCCUCUCAAGAUCGCUGGUGUGGACGGCGAGCUCGAGAUUAACAUCCUCGACGCAGAUGCCCCGCUCUUGAUCGGAGUGGAUGUUCUGCGCCGCCUGGGAGCUGUGAUCGACUGCGAGGCACAUUGCGUUUACUUCAGGCCCCAGAUCAUGGAGCCCUGCAUCAUUACCUACGCCUACGGGGACACCAUCAUCCUUUACGCUUACAGGGAUAUCACCAUUACCUACGCCUACGGGGACAUCAUCAAUAACAACGCCUGGGACAUCAUCUGCAUCAGCCCCUGCGGCCUCAGCUAUGACAUCAUCAGGGUCACCCUCGGAGGACUCGGGAGCAUCGGCGACGGGCCGCUCACCGACGUCGACGAGGACACGAAGGGCAACAUCUUCUACACGGUCGAGGGCUCGGAGCUGGACCGCAGCAAGAAGCGGAUGACGGACAUCUUCCUGCUGGAGCAUCUGCCGAAUUGGGAGAUGUGGUCCAGCAAGCUCCUCCGGCAGUGGACACAGCGCCGCCGCUGGGGGCGGGUCAUCCAGAAGGUCUUUCUCAAGACGAUCGACCACGUGAACUGGAAGCUGGACAGUCUCGGCCUACCUGUGCAGCUGCUACCAGAGAAGUACCCGACCUGGCCGACGGACCUCGAGCACCGUGCGAAGAUCGAGCAGUGUCCGCCGAGCUCGAAGGCAAAGCAACGUCCCCAGAAGUCGACAGCCGCGGCCGCGCGCGAGCAGAAUCAAGGGCUGCGGGCCACCAUCGAGACCGCAAAGUCCGAUUUCUUGACCAGGUUUGCGGAGGUGAGUGCGUUUGCAGCGCUGAGCUCAGAGCAGAUCCACGAGCAGCUUAGCAUGGUCACGCUGGGCAACCACCUCAGGCCCCUGUGCAAGAUGUGGGGAUUGACCCAGUCGGGCAAGAAGGUGGAGGUGGUCGACAAUAUCAUAGCGUACAUCAUCGAGCAGCGCGGCUCGGCGGCAGCGACGAUCAAAAUCAAGAUGGAGACCGAGACGAAGAAGACGGAGAAGGCGCCUACGACCGUAGGCCCGGCGAUUCCAGCUCACUACACGCAGAUGUGCCAGCGCCCGGACUGCAAACUAUGCCGAGGCAUCGCGAAGAACGAGCCGAUCGUGAAGGCGAAGCCCUACGGGUGGUGCCACCAGGCAUGCGCUGCCAGAUCAGCCAUCUUCGGAGCUAUGUGCGCCCUCACGACCUUCGGCCGCUUGGCGAUGGUCGAAGCGCGCGCCCACGAGGACUCGAACCAUGGUAAGGUGUGCGACGAGAAGGGCUACCACUAUGAGCGUCUCGGUCUGUUCAACGAGAAUGACUUCAGCAAGCCGCAGGGUUACCACAAGGCGAAGUUCCUGCUGGAUGAGGAGCGCCCAGAGCUCUUUGUCAGCACUCCACCCUGCGGGCCCUGGUCGAUAAUGCAGAACGUCAACCAGCGCGACGACAGGCAGAGGGAGAACCUUCGCAGGAAGCGCCUCAAGAGCCAGCGGAUCUUCGAGAACAACAAGAGGCUCAUAGAGCAUCAUGUGCUCAACCUGAACGGCUCUGCCCUCGCCGAGCAGCCACGCAACAGUAUGUCGUGGCAAAAGACCUGCUGGAAGGACCUCCACAAGAUACUCCCCUACGAGGUGAUCGUGGACGGCUGCGCCUGCGGACUGGGAGCUCCCGACACAGGCGAGCUCAUGAAGAAGCGCUGGAAGUUUCUCACUAACGACAAGAGGAUCUGGGUGGCCCUACAGCCGCUACAAUGCCGUGGAGGACACUACCACGAGGAGAUUGAGAGCAGCCUGAGGACUGAGGCUUCGGGCUACUACCCCAAGAUGCUGUGCCGCCGGAUCCUCCGGGCUCUGACAAAGAGCCAGAACCAUAAUUACUUCGAGGACGAGGUUGUGAAGUGCCUUUGCAUGGCAGCUACCCAGCAAACACCGACGGAGCCCACGCUUGUGGAGGAUGGUCCGUCGAUUCCACCUCAAGACGGCAAGGAGACUCACGACCUCACCAAAGAGACGAUCAAGAAUAUCGAGAGCUACAUCAGGCUGGUACACACCAACCUUGAACAUCUACCCCGAGCUCAUCUACUACGAUACCUUCGCGACCGUGGUGCUCGCCCAGAGGUGCUACGACUGGCCAGGAAAUUCAAGUGCGACAUCUGCGACGCGCACCGACCACCGACAAAGCAGCCACCAGCCUCAUCAGCAGAGCAGCCACAGAACGGUCACGAGGUUCUCUUCGACGCCUUCUCAUGGAUCCGUCGCAGCAAGAAGACGAACGUGAUGGCGCUGGCGAUCCUCGACGCCGGCUCAGACAUCCUCUACGUGCGACUGAUCGACGAGAAGGAGAUCCCGGGUACGACUCGACAACUUCGCGCUGGCGACCUUCGACAUAUUUUUGCGACAAUGUGGUUUCCUUGGAUGGGGCGCCCGAAGGUCAUGCGCUACGAUCCCGCUGGCAGCGCCAUCUCCAACGAGUUCCGCGAGUGGAUCGAGGGCCAGGGAGUCUACUGUCCUCCAUGCGCGGCCGACGCCCACUGGCAGAUCGGCAAGAUUGAGCGCGCGAUCGAAGCUUUCAAGGAGGCCCUCGACGCUUUCGGCGAGAUGGUCUCAGCUGAAGUGCCUACCAGCGAGAUGAUUGGACUCCAGACAGCUGCCAGGAACGGCCUGAUCAGGAUUGACGGAUUCAGCCCACUGCAGCGCGAUGCCGGACGGACCCCGGCGGGGACCACGGUUAAUUUGUCCGACGAGCCGAACAACCUGCCCCUCAUCAGCGCCGAGCUGCAGGAUGGCACCUUCAGCAGGGGCGCCCAAGUUCGACGCCUGGCGCGGCUGGCUCACCUCCAGACCGAGAACUCCAACCGAGUCAAACGGGCGGGGGCCGCGCGCUUCAGGCCCUUCAAAAGGUACGAGACGGGCGACCUGGUCUUCGUCUACAGGAGGCUCCCACCAGGAGCCUGGAUCAAGAAGGGCCAACCUCGCUCCAUGCCUGGGCGAGGCCGCUGGUACGGACCUGGACGAGUACUCUGCCACGAGCCAUCGAGCUCGGGACAUCGACCUGGUCUACCUGGGGCAGCGGUCAACAUCACACUGGCUGGACGCCUCUAUCGAGUUGCCCCCGAACAGCUUCGACCUGCUACGCCCUCCGAAGAGGCGGUGGACUCUCUGCGCUCGCGUCGCGAGCAGCCGGGGACAUGGGCCUUCGGCGACGUCCAGAAGCUGCUCGACCAGAACGAGGCGAUCGACCUUUCGAACGAGUCGCCGCCUACUGGCGAGGACCUGGCCGCUGACGACGGCGAGUCUGUCAGCGCUCGCACCUUCGAGGGCAACGCGUCCAAGACCCUCUCAUACAGCCAGUACAGCCAGAAGCACCACCAGGCAUUCCACAAGAGGAAGGCCACGAAGCUGGACACCAAGAGGAAGCCGAGCUACCUGCAGAAGAAGAGAUCGUCAUCCGACGACGACCAAGCAGAGCGUCCGUCUCAGCAACCCAUUGCGGUGGACACGGACGACGACCUCGACGAGACUACGGCGCCUGACAUGAACGACAAGCGCCGGCUGCGGUCGCCUGGCUCGACCGAGCCACCUGCCAAGAAGCAGCGGAUCAACGUCGCGACCCAGGAGGCCUUCUCCCACUACCUGCAGGAAGGCAACUUCUACGGGGACCACGCCUACAGCGUCCAGCAGUACGACGAGACGAAGGAGGACGACGAGCUCAUCGUGCUGGACAUCCCCGUCAGCAACGAACACGCGUGCAUGGCCUACAUGGACAAUCCUAGCAAUUUCGUGGCAUCAAAGGCCCGGAAGGGCCGAGUGGAGGGGAUCGACCCGGCGCGCCUACUGCGCUGCCGUUUCGUGCUGACCUGGAAGAAGGACGAGCAGGGCAACGUGCUCCGAGGCAAGGACACGCUCAGGACGCUGAAGCUGGAGAUCGUGCAGUGCGAACCUUGCGUCUGGGUCAUCCGAGACGGUAACAAGAUGGUUGGCAUGGCCAUCCUACAUGUCGACGAUAUGAUGAUUGCCGGCGAUCACAACAACUCGGCCUUUCUCAAGAAGCGCCAGGCGAUUCAACAAGCGUUCGAAUGGACACCCUGGGAGAGCCGAGCGUUCGUGCAGCGUGGCAUCAGCAUUCGACAGAACGAGGAUUAUACCUGCAGCCUCGCACAGGACAGCUACAGCCUGAACGUGGAGCCCAUCAAGAGAGAUCAGAUCUACGAGGCCGACUUGGUACAGUCGGAUGGCGAGCUCAGCAGUCGGUCCCGUGGCUCAGCGCAGAAGUUUUUUCUACUUCAAGCGGAGAUACCUACGGCCACGGUCUCAACCACCCAGAAGAUCAACAAGCUUAUCCGCGCCAUGAAUGACACCGCCGACGUAGUCAUUCUCAUCCCGGCCAUUGAGCAGAUUGCCGUGGUUGGCUGGGGCGAUGCAGCAUGGGCCGCCCGUAUCACCGGCGAGUCCCAAGGCGGAGAAAUCGUUGUUCUGGCCCCCCUGUCCUUCCUGAGUGGCUCGACAGAGACGGUUGCGCCUAUCUCUUGGAGAUCAUGCAAGCUACCCAGAGUGGCCAGAAGCAGUGCGAGUGCGGAGGUCCAGAUGAUGACUGAGACCCUGGACGAGAUCAGUUACGUGCGACUAUUCAUCUACGAGCUGGAGUGCGGUCAAGUGGACUACACCAACAAGCAGCACGUGAACGACGCCAUCUCAUCCUGCCCUGGCGUACUUGUCACAGACGGUAAGUCGGGCUACGGCGCGAUCGAGAAGAGUGAGUCAGCUGGUCUCGGACUGCGUGACAAGCGGACGAGCAUCGAGUGCUUGGGCAUUCGACAGCAGAAGGAGCAGACGGCCCUCCAGAUACGCUGGGUACACAGGGACGCCAUGUUGGCCGACGGACUGACCAAGGAUCGUGCCGCCAAGGUCUUGCUGGAGUUCUUCAGAUCAGGCCAACGCUGGAGACUCGUGGACGACCCACUUCACCGCAGUGCCCGGAAGCGCAAGACCGAGGGCUUGGACAAGCUCGACCAUGGCAAGCCGGUCUCGGACGAUGACGAGGACGCUAUGCUGGAGGCCCUGAUCUACUACGCCCGCGACAACCCCGACGAGCAGGAGAGCCCUGCUGGAGAUGCUGCCCUGUGGGGCAUGAUUAAGCCGCUCACGCGCUCUGUGCUUUCUGUGAAUUCAGUUGCCAGAGGCAGUACGCAGAAUCUGGUGUCGAGGAGCUGGAUCUCGACGCGGAUGCAGCAG